AUGGCCGACAUUGUAAAGAUAUACUAUUCGAAGCCUGUGGUGCCGGAUGUGUCCCGGGUUCUUGCAUGCCUCGCCGAGAAGCAAGUCAAGUUCGAAUCCAUUCUUAUGAAUAAGGAUGGAAAUGCCCCUCUAGAAUAUCCAAAUCUUCAAACCUCUGCACUACAUUAUGGCCCUGGUUUUGAAGAUGGCGACACCAAACUUUUCGAGUCCAGAGCAAUUUGUCGAUAUAUUUCAGAAAAAUAUGCCGAACAAGGGAACAAGUUUCUGCUGGGAAAGGAUGUACUCGAGCGCGUAUCAAUUGAGCAGUGGUUGAAGACAGAAGAGAGUAGAUUUGAUCCACCAAGCAAGAUUCUUAUUUUUCACUUGGCAUUUAGAGUAGAUAAACCAUUGAUGGAACAAAAUGAGAGGAAGCUUGCAAAGGUGCUUGAUGUAUAUGAGCAAAGGCUAAGUGAGAGUAGAUAUUUAGCAGGAAAUGAGUUCUCAUUGGCAGAUCUCUCACACCUCCCAAAUUCACACUUCCUCGCCAAGUCGAAAAAAUGGGGAUACUUAUUUAAAUCCAGAAAGAAUGUUCGGAAAUGGUGGGAAAGGAUUUCGGAAAGGCCUUCAUGGAUUGGAGUUGUUGAUGAUCUGAUGGACGUAGAGGAACUUGUAGAUGGUAAAAGGAAACCAACCACCACUUUUAUAAUUAGUAGUUUUCAGAAAGAAAACCCCCAAACAAAAUCUCAGACAAUUAUUUUACAACCGGAGGUUGCACAAGAGGCAAAAAUAGUAGAGAUUAUUGAACCUAGCACCACCACGCCACCACCAACAAAAUCACCAAAAAUACAACUAGGUAUGCAGACACAAAAACAAGCUCCCCAACCCAAACCAAUCCAUCAGCCGUCGGCACAAGAACCUCCAAAGCAGCAGCCACUUAUUGACUCGGCAGAUUUGAAACGAGGCAAAAAGGUGUCGCCCUCAAAAUCAACAAAACCUAUUGAUACCGGAUCAGUCGUCGUUGAACCACCAAUGACCCCAUCAGCUCCAGUGCAACCACCGCAAUUUGAGGAAGGCUUCCGUCCGAAGACAGUGACACCACUUGUCGAAACAGGGACUUCGGAUCAACAACUCUCUUCAGCCAUUUCGCAACCGGCACCGACAGACGCACAGCCAACCACGGUCACUCGACCAGUCGUUGUUGAACCCUCGGAGACCACCCAAACUACCGCAUCUAAAUCGAAGCAGGCGGAACACGACGUUUCUAAGCCAUCAACAACACCCGCCGCAGUUGAACAGAAAUUGAAGGAACCAACUGGUGCACCCUCACCGCAAUCUGAGGAAGGCUUCCGUCCAAAGAUAGUGACACCACUAGACGAAACGGGGACUUCGGAUCAACAACUCUCUUCAGCCAUUUCGCAAUCUGCACCGACAGACGCACAGCCAACCACGGCCACUCGACCAGUCGCCGGUGAACCCUUGAUGACCACCCCAACUACCGCAUCCAAAACGAAGCAGGCAGAACACGACGUUUCUAAGCCAUCAUCAACAGCCGCCGCAGUUGAACAGAAAUUUAAGGAACCAACUGGUGCACCCUCACCGCAAUUUGAGGAAGGUUUCCAUCCAAAGAAAGUGACGCCACUAGACGAAACGGGGACUUCGGAUCAACAAUUCUCUUCAGCCAUUUCGCAACCUGCACCGACAGACGCACAACCAACCACGGCCACUCGACCAGUCGCCGUUGAACCCUCGGUGACCACCCCAACUACCGCAUCCAAACCGAAGAAGGCGGAACGCGACAUUUCUAAGCCAUCAACAACAUCCGCCGAAGUUGAACAGGCAUUGAAGGAACCAACUGGUGCACCCUCACCGCAGUCUGAGGAAGGCUUCCGUCCCAAGACAGUGACACCAUUCGGCGAAACGGAGACUUCGGAUCAACAACUCUCUUCAGCCAUUUCGCAACCUGCACCGACGGACGCAUAUCUAACCACGGUUUCUCGACCAGAUGCCGUUGAACCCCCGGUGAUCACCCCAACUAUCGCAUCCCCACCGAAGCAGGCGGAACGCAACCUUUCUAAGCCAUCAACACCACUUGCCGCCGUUGAACCGCCAUUGAAGGAACCAACUGGUGCACCCUCACCGCAACGUGAGGAAGGCCUCCAUCCCAAGACAGAGACGCCACUUGCCGAAACGGGCCCUUCGAAACAACAACUCUCUCCAGCAAUUUUCGGAACCUGCUCUGACGGUUGCACCGCCAACCCCUGCCACCCAACCAGCCGCCGUUGAACCCCUGGUGACCAUCCCAACUACCGCAUCCCCACCAAAGCACAUGGAACACAACCUUUCUAAGCCAUCAACACCACCCGCCGAAGCGAGACCUUCGGAGCAACAACUCUCUCCCGCCAUUUCGGAACCUUCCGCAACACCAGACACGCCGGUUAAAAAACCUAUGCAACUGGAAGCAACAGGUGCGCCCAACAAUGAAAACCUUUCAUCAGGAGAGGUUGACCAUCGCGGCUCCGUAAAUUCAAAAGAUGAUACAACGCCAUCUUCCCCAUCUUAGACACGGACUGAUCCGAAACCAGGCUCCACUGGCGAGUAGAUAAAAAAGGUUCCACUCCACCACCCACCGGAUGCUGCUCAUUGUUUCAUGACUCCGAAGCGGGCAACCACAACCUGCAAUACUACAACUCAAAAUUACAAUCAAUAAGUCCUACUGCAUAUAUAUAUAUAAAAAAAUACAGUUCUUAUAUCAAUCUGAUGACCACAAAACCCAAGCAUCCACAAACAGAAAAGCCAAGUAACCCUUAUAAUGGUUUUGCCUAUAGAAUUCUGUUCUGCUACCAGAUAAACUGCACGUCCAAUUGCAGUUUCAACUAGUAAUAAAUAUAUUUAUAUAACCCAUGAAUAAAUGUAUAACUAGCAACCACCCAUCCAUUAGACAUCGUGUCCUCCAAGUUUCCCAAUGCCCUCCCCCAAGCAUCUUUUACAAUUUUGGCCAAAUUAUUGGUUGAUUCUUUUGUUUCCUUGUUUUAUGGAGUUAAAGUGUUUUUCUUUGAUUGUGGUGUUUAUUUUCAAAUAAGAGUUCUGUUAGUUGGAUUUCAAACUAUAUAUUAAGGUGAUUCAGUGUUCUGAAAAUCUAUGCUUGUUUUGUAAA